AUUGAAGUGGACAUAUGCAUGCAUGAAGUAUCUUAUAACAUAUUGAUGAGCUUACAAUUUGCCUUUAUUAAUAUCGUAAAGCUUGAAAACAUUUGAGUAUAAAAAGAAAAGACGAGAUAUCAUAUGUAUGGUAGGCUCCGUGCUUUUUUGUAAUGAAUUAAAUGAUCAUUUUCAUAUGAAUUCCAUUUGUUUAAAUUUUGAUUUUGAUUCUGAGCCAUACAACUUUGAUUAACCGUAUUUCGCCAUCUUUUUUGGCAUUAAUGUAGACCAUCUAAUUUGAGAUAUAUCGUAUUGAUAAUGCUGUCUUAACCAGUUUUUCCUGUGCUGUUUAAUGUCAACUAAUACACGAUUUUCUUAUUCUUUGCAGUGUUGGUUUAUCUGGCUAAUCUCUCAAGUUAACACCCUCCAAUCAGUUCUCUUUUGGUAUUGGUCCCAAAUGCGGUAGAAAGUAUAGAUAAAAUUGACUGUGGGGUCUGUUGACAUUUUACUCAUGUUGACAAGUAAACUAUCUUCCUAGUUCCUACUUUUCGGAGGACCUCAUAGUUCAAAAACCUGAUUUCCUUUGUCAUAAGUCAGGGAUCUCAUAGGUCUUGCGUUUGAAGCCUUGCUCUUUGUUAUUUUGAGUUGUCUACCUCUUACUGUGAACUAUCGAGUUCACACCCUUACUGGAGUGUUUAACUUGGUAGAAAUGGAUAAUCUAUUAGAUGAUUCUCUGGAUAUAUCAUGCAGCUUCCAGACGAUUGUUUGCUCUUGAUUUUUCAACACCUUGACUGCACAUCUGACCGUGAAUCAUUUGGCUUAACAUGUCGUCGUUGGCUUCAGAUUCAAAAUCAAAAUAGAAGAUCUUUACAGUUCCAAAUCGAAUAUCCUAUACUUAAUAUCUCCUCAUCAUCUCAAAAUGACACCCAAAUCAGUACCUUCCAGUUAUAUAGGCUUCUGAACCGUUUCCAGAACCUAGAUUCAUUGUCCCUUUCUGGAUGCACCGAGCUUCCAGAUUCAGCUUUGGCUUUGUUACCACAGCAUGCCUCAAAAUUACAAAGUCUUCAUCUAGACUUUUGUUUUAGGAUAACUGAUAAUGGUCUUUCCUCUGUGGCAUCUGGUUGUUCUUCGUUGGUAAUACUAAGUCUUUACCGGUGUAAUGUUACAGAUUAUGGGUUAGAGGCCUUAUCUAAUUCUUGCCUAGCUUUAGAAGAUCUGAAUAUCUCGUAUUGCUCUCGAAUCUCUGACUAUGGCAUAAGAGCUAUUUCACAAAACUGCCGUCAUCUUAGAGCUAUUAGGAUAUCCUACUGUGGAAAUCUAACCGGUGUUGGCUUUCAAGGAUGUUCUCAAACUCUGACUUAUUUGGAAGCUGAUUCCUGUAGGCUUGAACCUAAAGGAAUACGGAGUAUCCUAAGUGGAGGCGGUCUUGAAUACUUGAGUAUGUCUAACUUGACCUGGAGCCAUCGUGUGGAUGGUCUCGGAUUUGCUGCAAAGUUAAGAGUGUUAAAUUUCCGAAUGUGCGGAAUGACUGGCGAUGAUUGUAUCAUGGCAAUAGCAAAGGAUUGUCCGUCGCUUCAAGAAUGGAACUUAGCAAUAUGUCAUGGGGUUAAAAUAGGAGGUUGGGAAUCUAUUGCAUCACAUUGUCAUAACUUGAAAACGCUACAUGUGAAUGGCUGUAGAAAUCUUACUGAUCGAGGAUUGCAAGCUUUGAGAAGUGGAUGCAAACGUCUUUCGGUUCUUUACAUUACCAGAUGUUCUCAAAUCAGUGUUGUAGCUUUAGAGAUGUUUAAAGUUGCAAGAGGAAAUGUAGAAGUUAAAGAAGAAGAAAUAACGUGUAUUUGCCCUCAUGGGGCCUUCAGGUUUUAAUCGGUAGUUAUAAUCUUCCAAGUGCAUGAAAUUCAGACCAGUUAUGCUCACUGCACACAAGCAUCAAGAUGUAUGUGUAUAAUUUCUUACUAUAUGUUUUUUCUCCCAUUAGAAGAAAGUGAUUUUGUUAAUGCAUGUAUAUGCUAUGAAACAGUUACAUUAAUAUUGUUGCAAGCUUGUACUAGAUAUAUGAUUAUCAAUAUAGUUGCUUAUGUUUGUGUC